UUGAUCCGCCCACCCCAUACCAAGAGAGGGAGGAAGGGCAAAAGUAUCGGAGGAAGAGGGGUGGGGGCCCCCAGGCAGGUGUUGUGGAAGUUUACACGUGCCAGGAAGACCCUCAGCUUCUUCUUUUGUCCAGCGUGGCUGGAGGGUCCACCGGUGCCGGCUGAUCCCGCGGUUGUGCCAGCGCUACUGCCUCUCCUCCUCCUCUUGUUGUCAUCAUCAUCCUGUUUUGGACCACCGGCAUCCCACCCCACCGCCCUGGCGAGCCCGGUAAAGAUGGGCCGGAGGCUGGACCUGUCCGGUCUGACGGAUGACGAGGCGGAACACGUGCUGAAAGUCGUCCAACGGGACAUGAAGCUAAGAAAGAAGGAGGAGGAGCGGCUGAGCGAGAUGAAGCAGGAGCUGGCGGAGGAAGGCAGCAGAUGCUCCAUCCUCACCAAGCAGCACCGUUUCAACGAGCACUGCUGCAUCCGCUGCUGCGCGCCCUUCACCUUCCUGCUUAACCCCAAGCGCCUGUGCCUGGACUGCCAGUACAACGUGUGCAAGACCUGCUGCACCUACAACAAGAAGGACAAAGCGUGGCUGUGUGCCGCGUGCCAGAAGGGCAGGAUUUUAAGGACACAGUCCCUGGAAUGGUAUUACAACAAUGUGAAGAGGCGCUUCAAGAGGUUCGGCAGCGCCAAGGUGUUGAAGACUUUGUAUCGGAAGCACAUUAUAGAGAGAGGAGCGCUAUCUGAUCUCGCAGAAAGCAGUGUACAUGAAGGAAGUUUCUACAACGACAACGAUGGCAGCAUCUGCGGCAGUGACUCCGUCUUCUACAAACAGAGUGAAGGACACAGUAUGGCUGAGACGCUCACAGUCGCCUUGCGUGUUGCUGAGGAGGCCAUAGAGGAAGCCAUCGCUAAGGCCGAGGAGUUCAGCGACAGUUUGGAGAAACAGAAUGAGGCUCGGUAUCUGCGGGACCACAAAGAAGAGCUCAUAGAGGAACUUGCCACCACCAUUGUACAAAAGAUCAUCCAAAGAAGGAAGCGUUCAGAGAUGCAGACAGAGUAUGACUUUGUCUGGCCUCAGCCUCAGUCCUUGAUUCAGCCCAGUGAUCAGGCCUCAGCUUCGCAACCUCAAACGUUUUUACAAGGACCCGCAGAUCCCCACAAGGCGUCCUUCACCCUCUCUCGCUCACGCUCAGCCUUCUCCCUCACCAGUGACGACUCUCCUGAGAAGGCUCCUCAGGACGAGGCUGUCGACAAGGGCGGCAGCUUGCAGGAGUACUCCUCUCUGAAGAGGGAGGCCAAGACCACGUCCCUGCCCACUUGGAAGAGUGUCGACCGACUGGACAAUUCCAGUGCGUCCUCGGUUCUCCAGAGUCCAGACGGCAACUGGAUCGCACUCCACAGCUCUCAGCUGUCUCGUCCCAGCCUGCUGACCAAGAGGAAGAGCCUGGUCUUCAGCGUCUUGGAGAAGGAGUCCGGCGUGGUCUCGGCCUACGACGGAAUGGGAUCGGACUCAGAAGAGGACGAAGAAAGCAGCUGGGGCGCGGCGUUGCAACAGUUCCGACGCAAGCUGUCCGACGAGACUUACUACACGGACUCGCAGCACGACCCUGAGUGGACUUACACGCAGCAUCUGCCUGUCACCUCACCGUCUUCUGGCCAGUAUACAAACACGGAGACCCUCAAUUCCGACUCGGAGGCGUCGUCGGCGUUGUCCACGUGUCCUCGGAAAGCGCCUCAAAAUUUGCUGCGGAAGAAAGGAGCAUCCGAAACACACCUGCACCCCUACCACCAACCACUCUACCACCAACACCUUCACCAGAACCUCUCUCCGUACCCGCUCCUCUCAGGGGCAUUGGACGUCAACUUUAACCCUAAGGUGAUGGGGGACAGCAGUGAGGCGGAGGAAAGGCAGAACGACCCAGUUAGAAGGUCACGGCGGCGCAGGAAAAGCAAGAAGGAUUCAUCAAACGAGAGCCGGUCCGGGAGCCAGAACUACUCACUGUCCAUUCAGGAGAGGAGUGGUUUUCUUCUCAAUGACUUACUGAAGAGGAGCUUAAGUGAGGACCAGCCAGAAUCAGUUAGCACUGCAGCCCAGGACAUCCUCACACCCGAGCCCCAAGAUUUGGACAAAGUUGCACCGAAUUCAUUGUACCCGACUAGCCCUCUUUCACCGACUCCGGGGCCCAAACACACCAGCUCGGGUCUGGUGUCACUCCCUGCUAAACCCCUGGAAGAAGAACUCCAGUCCAGAAUCAGCCAGAUGGUCAGGAGUCGCACCAACAGCAGAGAGAGCAGCUCGUCUGAGGAAGAGAAGAAGUGGGCAGCUCACAAGCAGACGGAUAAAGAAAGUGUCAGACAGAGGGCCAACCAGAAGCCCAAAGACACGGAAAGGGAAAAGUCCAAGUCCGGUGUCCGAUUAAGAGCAAACGAACCCAUCUUGCAAGUGAACGGACAAGAGAUGACGAGGCAGGCUGUUAAGAGUCCGCCUCUGAGCGGGGAAGUGAAGGAGAGGAGAUCAGAGAAGAGUCCCGAGGAAGUGGUGGAUGACCGGGAGCAGAAGAGAGGAGAGCGGAGGAACAGACAAAACAAGAGGUCACACCGACGAGACACGACCAAGGAGGUGAAGGAAUGGAGGAGUGGCUCCAGUGCAGCCAGCUCGCCUGCUGUCACGCCAUCUUCCCAGGAGGGGGUGCUGUCUGACAACCAGGAGCAACACAAUGACACACAGCAACAGCAGAGGCACCAGUCGCUCCCCUCUCUCUUACAGCAGAAGUACUCGGCGGCCUCUCUCUGCAGCAUCACUACAGAAGUUUUGAAGGUUUUGAACGCCACCGAGGAGCUGAUUGGAGAGGCGGGAGGGGAAGUCUGCACGCCGUCGGAGUCGCAGAGCGCCUCUAGCAGCUCUGAGAGCAGAAGACUGGACCAAAGGCUGACCAAGAUGGAGGAGAAUGUGUACCUGGCUGCUGGGGCUGUGUAUGGCCUAGAGGGGGCGCUGGGGGACUUGGAGCAGUGUGCACGCAGUAUCAGCAGUGGGACCUCAGACACAGAGCUGGCUUUCCUGGAGGACCAGGUGGCCACUGCUGCUGCUCAGGUCCAACAGUCGGAACUGCAGAUAUCCAAUAUUGAGGCCAGGAUAUCCGCUCUUAAAACCGCUGGCUUGAAUGUGACUGUCUGCAAUCACAUCUCCAAAUUCAAUCCAAAAACAAAGCCACAAACUCUGGACUCGUCACGCCAUCAGAGACGGAAGUUGCCAGCCCCGCCACUGAAAGAUAAGAUGGAGCCAGAGCAGCCCGUGGAAGUCUUUCGGCCAUAGGGAGCACCAGGAGCAGCAGCACAAAGUCCCUCAGGCCCACCACACCACGGCCCUACGGACAGCUCUCUCAUCCAGUGCCUUGACCCAGCGUCCGCCUCCAACUCCACACCAAACAGGAGCCUCCAUCUGCCCUGUUGCGGCCCACGAAGCACUCAGCCCCUUCACGCCCAGCAUCCGCCCGGCUCCUCGACCUACGACCCCCUCAUCCACUGACAUCACACGUACAGCAAAGAUGAGUGGACAGUCUGCCUUAAAACAUCAAUUUCUACUGUGAUUAAUGAAGGCGUGGACUCUACUUCACCAUGCUCGUGUACUGUUAAGCCAACAUCCUCUCAUGAAUGAUUGUCCAUUUGCACAGCCAGUACUAGUCCCAUUCAGAGAGAUGAUUGUCAUUUUCAGCACCCUUUUUUUUUCUACCCAUGCACUUUUGGUUUAUUACAGACGAGUGGGCACUUAGACAGUUGCCAGUAAUAGGGGGGUGACAUAAAACAUGCUUAAGAACAUCAUAAAACGAGUCCAACCUAUUGGAAAAAGGUUUACCGUAUUUCCUUGAAUAACCGCCGGGCAUGUAAUGUGCGCCUGCCUUGAAUUACUGCCGGGUCAAACUCGCUCCCCAAAUUUAUUAGCGCAUGCUUACUUUUGCCGCCGGGUCAAAGUCAUGACAUCACGAGUGACGCUUCCCCUGUCCUCAUUUCCAAAAUGGCGGAGGAGUUUUUUUUUUCCUUUAACUAUGUGUAAACCAGGGGUCUUGUUCCACAGUCAUACAGAUCACACUGAUGGUUGUGAUAUAAAACAACUUGUCUUUAACACGCUUACUAAUAUGCGC